UCGGAGCUCGAUUGGUUGUUCUGGGAAGCUGUUUGACUCAUUCUGUGUGCGACGGCAGCAGCUCGUGGUUAACUUUAGCAUUAGCUGUUGGAGGUAACACUCAGGUCCAGAACGAGCAGAAUCUUUGUGUUUUCUUCUGCUUCUCCGUGUGGAAAACCGUGGUAAAAAUGAGCGGGGAUUCAACCAAACUUUCUAGAAACCUGCUGCGGAUGAAGUUCAUGCAGCGAGGACUGGACGCAGAGACAAAAAAGCAGCUGGAGGAUGAAGAGAAACGGAUCAUCAGUGACGAACACUGGUACCUGGAUCUGCCCGAGCUCAAGGCCAAAGAGAACCUGAUCAUGGAGGAGAAGAGCUUCGGUCCGUGUGAAGAGCUGGUGUUUGGUCGCAUCUCCUUCAGGGGUUUUAAUCCAGAGGUGGAGAAACUGAUGGAGCUGCUGAAUCCCAAACAGAAAACAGAGACUGAGGAGGUGGAGACGGGCAGGAUGCAGACGGAUGUGACCGACGAGGAGAUGGCUCAGAGGUAUGAAAGUUUAGUCGACAGCAUGAAAAGAAAAUUUGCAAAGAAGCGCCAACGUGCGGCCGUAGAAGAAGACGUCAACAUGAACGUGACGAACACAAAUGGGAAGAGAGUUUUCCUCAAACCUCAGGACUGAAUAUCAGGACGUGGAUUUCAAUCAAUCAGAGACUGUUAUACAUCCUGGACGUUUUUCUUUUUUUGUUUUUUUUUAAGGAAAAUAAGUGUUUUUAUGAAACACACGAUUUUACACUUUUCGCAAAUGUAUUAAUUUGAGCAGCAGAAAGAGAGUUGAUUUAUCAUUGAGUCAGAUUAUUGGUCAGCUGUCAAUCAUCAGUAUUUAUUACUAUAUAGAGGAAGUGAUGACUGUUCAUUAUUGUCUCUUAGUUUAUAAUAAAAACUGUAACCAUG